AUGCCAAAACAAGUUGUAGCUGCCUUACAAGUUGGAACCUCUCCUGAGGGUACCCAAGAUACCCUGAAAAAGAUCCUUUCGUAUGAGGAAGAAAUAAAGAAAUCUGGAGCAAAACUAAUUGUGAUUCCUGAAGCAACCUUAGGUGGAUAUCCUAAGGGCUCUACCUUUGGUACUUACUUGGGUUAUCGUUUGCAAUCUGGUCGCGAAGAAUUUGCGCGCUAUCACGCCCAAGCAAUCGAAGUGGGAGCUGGAGAUCAAUACCCUGAGAUCAAUCAGCUUUGUGGAUUAUCACAGCGUACAGGUGCGGCCAUAUGUUGCGGAUGCAUCGAACGCGACGGCACAACACUGUAUUGCACCAUGGUGUUCAUCGAUCCUUAUGCUGGCUAUGUAGGUAAGCACAGAAAGUUGAUGCCUACCGCCACUGAAAGACUGAUUUGGGGACAGGGCGAUGGUUCAACAUUGACAGUUGUCGAUUCACCGGUCGGCAAAAUCGGUGGUGCCAUAUGUUGGGAAAAUAUGCUUCCACUUUUGAGACAAGCAAUGUAUGCUAAAGGGGUUCAAGUGUGGUGUGCCCCAACUGUCGAUCAAAGACCAAUAUGGAGAACUGUAGUUCAGAAUAUUGCAUACGAGGGACGUCUUUUUGUAGUGAGCGCUGUGCAAUUCAUGCCUGACGCUACCACGAUGGGAUUUGGAGACAUCGUUGACGAAUCCACUGGCAAAAGACAACUUCCAGGCUGGCCAAGCAGUGACGACAACUGCAUCAACGGUGGAAGUGUGAUUAUCAAUCCUUAUGGUGAAAUUAUAGCGGGUCCUUUGAUCGGAAAAGAGGGCCUUUUGUCUGCAGAAAUUGAUACUGAUAUGAUUGUCGAGGCACGCUACGACUUCGAUCCAGUUGGUCAUUAUACUAGAGGUGACGUUUUCCAGUUGACCGUUAACGAGAAAGCCCAAGAUAUAAAGUUCACGAAUUAA